AUGACUAUUUCCAAAUCCGAUCCUGCUUCAUUGCACAACCCGUAUUUCAAUCAAAAGCUGGGUCAAAAGGAUAUCUGGACGUUAAUUAACGAAACAGCUGCUGCUGCUCAAAAAGAAUCUGGAAAGUCUAUUGUUAAUUUAGGACAGGGAUUUUUCUCUUAUAAUCCACCUGAUUUUGCUAUUGAAGCGGUCAACAAGGCUACUAGUCAACCCCAAUUCAAUCAAUAUGCGUCAGCAAGAGGUAAUCCAAACUUGUUGAAUGAAUUGGCCAGCCACUAUAGUAACAGCUUCAAUCGUAAGGUGGGCACCGACGAAAUCCAAAUAACCACAGGUGCAAAUGAAGGAAUGUUUUCCGUGUUUUUUGGAUAUUUAACUCCUGGUGAUGAAGUUAUUGUCUUUCAGCCAUUUUUUGAUCAAUACAUUCCUAACAUUGAAAUGUGUGGCGGUAAGGUUAAAUACGUCCAAUUGAAAUUUCCAGACAAGUUCAACGGAGAUUCUGUUAGUGGUGAUGAUUGGGAAGUUGAUUGGGAGGGAUUGAAGAAUGCUAUUACGGAUAAGACUAAGUUGAUCGUUAUCAACACCCCUCAUAACCCCAUUGGAAAAGUAUUUACCGAAGAAGAGUUGUAUAAGAUUGGUAAAAUUGCUAUUGACAACAAUUUGAUUCUUGUUAGUGAUGAAGUGUAUGAAAACUUGUACUAUAGCAAAUCGUUCACACGACCUGCCACCUUAUCGAGCUUACCCGAAUUAGCAGAUAGAACCUUGACUAUUGGAUCUGCUGGUAAAUCAUUUGCUGCCACUGGAUGGAGAGUCGGAUGGGUCCAUGGUCCUGCUAGUUUAAUCAAAUAUGUGACUGCUGCCCACACUAGAAUCUGUUUCUCGACUCCUGCGCCAUUACAGCAAGCAGUAGCCGAUGGUCUCAAGCAAGCUGCAUCAAACAAAUAUUUUGAAACUACGAGACAAGAAUAUGUCAAGAAGUAUGAAUUAUUUACAAAGGUUUUUGAUGAAUUAGAUUUACCUUACACAUCUGCUCAAGGGGGUUACUUCUUGUUGGUCAAUUUGCUGAAAGUGAAAAUUCCUGAAAACUUCGAGUUCCCAUCUGAUAUUUUAGAUAAGGGAACGAAUGAUUUUAAAUUAGCCUACUGGUUGAUAAAAGAAAUUGGUGUUGUAGGAAUUCCGCCUACUGAAUUCUUAUAUCCUGCUGAUAGACAAGGUAAUGGCCUAGAAAAUUGCUUGAGAUUUGCUGUAUGCAAAGACGAUAGUGUUUUAGAAGAAGCUGUUGAUAAGUUGAGACUUUUAAAAGAUUAUUUAUAA